AUGGCGCAAUGGUGGAGCAUCACUUUAGCCUUGAUGAUGCUGCAGGCUCCGUUACGUAGCACGGCGGACUGGAUCUUAGUUGUGACGCACUCCAAUGAUUUGUGGUAUCAAUUAGACGAGAUUCAAGGUGACAAUAGUCCGUGUUACGUUGAUUUGCCACCGCUUACGACACAACCGAUAACGCCAUCAACUACUGUAGCUCCAACAACGACACCUAGACAACGCUCAUCCCAAGCACUUCAGCAACAGCAACAACACCAAUACCAACACCAACACCAAUACCAACACCAAUACCAACACCAAAAAUCAAUCGACAACACCGCCAUUCAAAGAUCCGUCAAAAAAAGAUCAAUUUUACGAACAGCUUCGACGUCAAGUCCAACGAUAUCGGCUCUCACAAAUAACCGAAAACUCCGUCAAGCAAACUUGGCAGUUGGCCCGACCAAUCCGUUCUGGAACACAAUUGAACAGACAGUUAGCCCUGAAAUCCCGUAUUUUGCCGAUUCAUUCAAUUUAACAACUACAGAAUUCCCAAAAACAUUGACCUCGACCGUCCCAAAUCUUACGGACAAAGCCAACUCCACUUCUCCAAAUGAAAACGAAACAUUAACAACUAGCACUGUUAGCCCUACCACCUUAAAGCCAAACAAUUCGAAAGAGUUCGAAAUAUGCUACGGUGGAGUGUCUCGUCACCUAACCAAGGCAUCAGAGCUGAAGAAAGAUAGCGAAUCGAAAGGCAAAGUUUUCUUACAUUUGAACGCCGGUGGAAUGUUGGGAGGUUACGUUUGGUAUCAAAUCCUGGGGGCCGGCCCGGCAGUCGAAUCCAUCAAGAUGCUCGGCUACAACGCAAUGGCUUUGGGCUACCGAGAUUUCGAAGAAGGUGUUCCUGCAACCGUGGAAUACUUGAAGGCGCUUAAAAAUGCUAACGUUACGGUACUGUGCGCCAAUAUGGACGUUAGCAAUGAGCCGACGAUGAGAGAUCUUUUCAAGAAAUCAAUGGUUAUAAACAUUUCCGGCAGGAAAAUCGGUAUCAUCGGUUACAUUGGACAGGAUGCGGACUACUUAGCUGAUACCGGGAAGAUCAUCUUUACAGAUCCAAAGGUGGCCAUUGAGAAUGAAGUCACAGCAUUACUUUCACAAGGUGCUUAUUUCAUCAUCGCACUGGGCAGUGCUGGGUUUGAAGGUGUCCAGGAAUGGAUGAGCAAACUCUACAAUGUCGACUUGUUCGUCAACGGUGGCAGCAAUAGUUUCCUCUACAACGGUGCUAAUGUCGGUCCAUUAAACGAGAAGAUUGUGGGACCUUACCCCUACGUGGAUUACAGCCAAAAUAUGAAGCGACUUUUCGUUCAAACAUCUCGGUAUGGAAAAUACUUGGGGAAAAUAGAAAUGAAUAUUAACGACGAAGGAAGAAUUAUGGAAUAUUCGACCACAAAUCCAAUCCUUUUGGACCCGAGUGUGGCGCAAAAUCCCGAACUGCAAGGAAAAGUCGAUCAAUGGGAACGCCAAGUGUUGACCCAAUCGAACGAAACGAUCGGUUACACCAAAAUUCCAAUUAUUAGCGAUCGCAAAAUUUGCUGGUACGAGGAAUGUACGGGUGCAGCCCUGAUGGCCGAUGCGGCUCGGUGGUUCUUGGAAAAGAUGACAACUAGUAACAAUGACUGGUCCAAUACAGUGGCAGCAACUGUCUGGCACGGAGGAGCCCUAGCCGACACCGAUCUCGACCUAGGAGCAGGUCCCAUCACUUACGGCGACAUUUUGGCCAUGUUCCCUUACGCCAAUGUUGUCGUAAGAGCUUGGAUGUACGGUCUUCAAAUCAAAAACUUGUUUGAGGAAUCCGUCAGGUACUACAACGAUACCACGUCUCCCAAUCGUGGUGAAUUUCUUCACGUCUCAGGUUUGCGAGUCGAAUAUGAUUUGUCGAAGCCAGGCGGUUCGCGCGUGGCAAACAUCUAUAUCCGUAACACAUUCAGCAUCUACGGAGGGAUGGACCCACUUCGACUCGAUGUCUUGUAUCAAAUUGGCAUGCCUUCGUUCAUUGCCAACGGAGGCAGCCAUUUCGAAUUCAUGCAAACCGUCCCGAAAAACAGCACUGGUGUCCGCGACGAAACCGUUCUCAAGGAAUACAUUAAACGUUUCACACCUUUGACGUACGGGAAUGAAGGGAGGGUCAAAUUCAUUAAGAUUCUUGAUCCGUCAACGGAUUGCCCGAGCAGUAACGUGACGGGCACCGUAUUUCUGACCAUCUUUUUGACGCUGCUCUUCACUGGUUUGGCCUUUGCUGCUUACAAAUACUUAUGGCCCGCGAUGCGAGAUCGAAGAGGUUCCCUUUUAUCGUUGGUCCGGAUGAGUUCAAUACCCACGUAGAUGUUCAAGAGCCAUAGAAUUCAAUUCUUGUUACCCUUCACGAGUAAGGUCCGCUGUGGUCAACCCAAUUUAUGUUGUUAGUCUUUUAUUUUCUUCCUUUUUUUUUUUUAUUCAUUGAUGUUUUUGGGGUUUUCGUCUAAUGGAGACUGCCCACAUCCUUGAAAAAGAACUCAACCUGUUUGAAGUUAAAAUAGCAGACAUUUUUUUAAACAUCAUACACUGCGAUGAAAGUAA